AUGUCAAAAAGCGUGGCUGAUUUUUUCACAACAUACAUCUUGUCUGAUGGACUGUCUGGUUUCUCACUAGAAAUACUGCAAGCGGGCCUACUGGUUUGGGAUGCCAUAAAGAGACAUACAUUUGGUCGUGGAAAGAAAAGAUCUCCUUAUGUUUAUUCUCUGCCUUAUUUCAGGGUCAUCCCUUUUGUUUGUCUCUGCUUUCUGAUUGGCAUGGUUUAUGCACUUGUGGCUCCCUUGCUCCUUCCAUUUGUGCUUGGCUACUUAUACUUGGGAUACGCUGUCUACAUGAACCAGAUUGAGGAUGUGUAUCCAACUUUUUAUGAGACUAGUGGACAAUAUUGGCCAUACGUUCAUUCUUACAUCUUUUUCUCCCUCUUUCUCAUGCAAAUCACUAUGAUUGGUCUUUUCGGAUUGAAGUCAAAGCCAGGGGCAUCAGUUGCCACAUUACCACUUCUUGUGCUCACAUUACUGCUCAACGAGUAUUGCAAGCUCCGCUUUCUUCCGUCUUUCAGCCAACAUACUAUCCAGAUUCUUAAGGAGAAUGAUGAGAGCGAUGAGAAAGAAAGUAAUCUGGAUAUCAACUCCCAUAAUGCAGCAGAUGCAUAUCGACCACCUUUCUUAAGACCAGUUAGCUUUGCUGAAGAAGGAUCAAGCUCUUCUCAGUGA